AUGCACAUGGCUCUGAAAUGGCAAUCGCGUUCCUUAGGUGGGCUCCCUACCAUGGCAGAUAUCUCGAGCACGAAUUCAUCCGAUCUGCCAAAGCAAUUCUCCCAGGCCAAGAAAGCGGCAAUCGACGGUAAAAUCGGUAAGACCACCGUGCUAGGCGUGAGUCUUGUCGAUGUAGAAAUGAUCGAACGCGGUGAGCGCCACAGCCGCGACAUGAAUUAUACAUCCUUUGCACACUGCUUUGUUCUGGCUAUAGGCAGAGAGGGUUUCCGGGUAUACCAGGCAUGGGGUGAGCACGGCUACCGCCUGGACGAGUACUUGAAGCGGGGCGGUUCACAACUUCGAUCCUGGCAAGAGGCGACAACUUUCUUGAAGAGUUUUCGGAAACUCUGCCAUUAUUCGGGACCAUGGACGCGUGAACUGAAGGAUGCCUACUGGACAUGUUUCGAAAUAGAUCUCGAUUCAAUUUGUGGGAGGCGGCGCCUACAGGCUCCCCUCGUCCCUGUGUAUCGACCAUGGGUGAGAACAUUCGAGAUCAAAGAUGUUCGAGUGGAGGACAUCAAGAAGUUCAGAUAG